AUGCUCCGCGGCCAGACCCUCCGCUGGAGAGCCGCGCUCCAGACACCGCGACCUUUCAUCCUCCGGCCUCUAUUUGCUUCACACGGAUACAAUCUCGGUUCCAGAUCACUAUUAGAGACGUCGCGCCGUUUCCGCUCGCUUCCGCUGUCCCCUCGCACAUUUUCAUCUAGCGCCGCCCGGCGGAGAGAGAAGCCUCCACCCGAAGACGAGAAGGAGGAUCCGAACCAGAAAGAGAACAAAGAUAACAAAGAUGGAAGCGAAGAUAAAGAUGUCGAGCGCGAAUCUCGUCGUAAAACGACAGAUUCACCUGGGAAGCAUGGUUUGUCUGUAGAUCCCGGAGCUCCGACAUCGGGCUUCGCAAGGCGGAGGGAGAAAGCGGCGGACAAAGAACAGCGUGGCGUGGCGGAGGAUGUAAAGAAGGAAGCCGAAGGAAAAGGCAACUCUUCAGACACACCGUCUGCUAUCCCUGUAAGUGAGAGUCCCUCGGACUCUAAGCCCAGCGGCUCGAACGGCGACGAUGGUGGAAAGAAGGGAAAGAAGAACGACAAGGCUCUCCAAAAGCCUUCAGUACCCGAUGUGUAUCCCCAGGUCAUGGCGAUCCCCAUUGCCAAACGACCGCUAUUUCCUGGCUUCUACAAGGCCAUCACGAUCCGCGAUCCAAAUGUCGCUACAGCUAUUCAAGACAUGAUGAAACGCGGGCAGCCAUACGUUGGCGCUUUCCUGUUCAAGGACGAAAACGCAGACGGUGAUGUGAUUGAGAACACAGAUGAUGUUUACGACACCGGUGUAUUUGCUCAAGUUACUGCUGCAUAUCCACUUCGUGGAGAGCAAAGCGGCGUGACGGCCGUGCUAUAUCCCCACCGGCGUAUCAAGAUCUCCUCCCUACUCCCACCGGGCGAUUCUGCCAAGACUGCUUCGCCGGAGGAUAAGACUACAGAGAAGCGUGGUGAUGUUGUAGCAAGCUUCGAGGAGAACGCCGCGGAGCUAGUACCAAAGGAUCAUUACGAGCCUACCUCUUUCUUACGAAAGUAUCCGGUCAGUUUGGUGAAUGUUGAAAACCUAACGGAGGAGCCCUUUGAUAAAAAGAGCGCCAUCAUUCGGGCUGUGACAAGUGAAAUUGUCAACGUCUGCAAGGAAAUUGCCACUCUCAACCCCUUGUUCCGGGAUCAGAUCUCGGCUUUCUACACCGAUCAAUUCCCCGGAAACCUGAGCGAUGAACCUGCCAAGUUGGCAGACUUUGCGGCGGCUGUGUCUGGCGGAGAGUUGCAUGAGCUCCAGGAGGUUCUCGAGUCAAUGAACAUUGAGGAGAGACUGCCCAAGGGGUUGGUCGUAUUGAAGAAGGAGCUCAUGAAUGCCCAGCUUCAAACAAAGAUAUCGAAGGAUGUGGAGGCCAAGAUUCAGAAACGACAGCGAGAGUAUUGGCUGAUGGAGCAGAUGAAGGGCAUUAAGCGGGAGCUAGGUAUUGAGUCUGACGGCAAGGACAAGCUUGUGGAGAAGUUUAAGGAGAAGGCCGAGAAGCUUGCGAUGCCCGAGGCUGUUAAGAAAGUAUUCGAUGAAGAGAUCAACAAGCUGGCACACCUUGAGCCGGCCGCGUCCGAGUUCAACGUGACCCGGAACUAUUUGGACUGGUUGACCCAGAUUCCCUGGGGCCAGAAGAGCGUGGAGAACUUUGGCAUCAGCAACGCGACCAGUGUGCUCAACGAAGACCACUACGGUUUGAAGGAUGUCAAAGACCGCAUCCUCGAAUUCAUCGCAGUUGGAAAGCUCCGAGGAACUGUGGAAGGCAAGAUCCUGUGUCUUGUUGGACCUCCUGGUGUCGGAAAGACAAGUAUUGGGAAGUCCAUCGCUCGGGCGCUGAACCGCCAGUACUACCGAUUCUCCGUGGGUGGAUUAACGGAUGUUGCGGAGAUUAAAGGACAUAGGAGGACGUAUGUCGGUGCGCUUCCUGGGCGUAUUAUCCAAGCACUCAAGAAGUGCCAAACAGAGAACCCUCUUAUCUUGAUCGAUGAAGUGGACAAAAUCGGCCGUGGCCACCAGGGUGAUCCGUCGUCUGCACUACUUGAGCUUUUGGACCCUGAGCAAAAUUCGUCGUUCCUGGAUCACUACAUGGAUGUACCCGUCGACCUAUCAAAGGUUCUGUUUGUUUGCACUGCCAAUGUCACUGACACUAUUCCUCGACCAUUGUUAGAUCGUAUGGAGCUCAUUGAGCUGUCUGGCUACGUCGCGGACGAGAAGAUGGCUAUCGCUCAGAAAUAUCUUGCGCCCGCUGCUCGAGAACUAACCGGCCUCAAGAAUGUGGACGUUACUCUCAGCGAAGAUGCGAUUGAAGAACUCAUCAAGUCAUACUGUCGAGAAAGUGGUGUGCGAAAUCUGAAGAAGCAGAUCGAGAAAGUGUAUCGAAAGGCGGCGUUCAAGAUUGUUUCCGACCUCGGAGAAGACGUACUAGCGGAGGACAAGGCUCUCACAGCCGAGGGCAAGGCGGCGCAAGAGGAGUCGCAGAAGGAGACUGAGUCCAUCGAAACAUCGAGCGAAUCGGAAAAGUCCACCACAGAAACCCCUCGGGUGGCACUCAAGGUACCCGACAGUGUACAGCUCAGCAUCGGCAAGGACAGCUUGACCGAUUACGUUGGCCCGCCAAUCUUCACCACUGACCGCUUGUAUGACACCUUCCCACCGGGUGUUACCAUGGGUCUGGCUUGGACCAGCAUGGGAGGUGCGGCUCUCUACGUCGAGUCCAUCUUGGAAAAUGCGUUGACACCCGAGUCACGGCCGGGUCUUGACAUCACCGGCAAUCUGCAGAACGUGAUGAAGGAGUCCACUCAGAUUGCCUACUCAUUUGUGAAGUCCGUGAUGGCGAAGCAAUUCCCGGAGAAUCGGUUCUUCGAAAAGGCAAAGCUGCACAUGCACUGCCCGGAGGGUGCUGUUCCUAAGGAUGGCCCGUCCGCUGGUAUCACUAUGGCCACAUCCCUCCUUUCGCUGGCAUUGGAUCACCCUCUUGACCCAACGAUUGCGAUGACUGGAGAGUUGACAGUCACGGGAAAGGUACUGCGAAUUGGAGGACUGCGAGAGAAAACGGUGGCUGCGCGCCGUGCUGGUGCCAAGACGAUUAUCUUCCCAGCCGAUAACAUGUCCGACUGGCUGGAGCUGCCUGAAAACAUCAAAUCAGGAAUCGAAGGUCACGCAGUGAACUGGUACUCAGAAGUGUACGACAUCUUGUUCGCCGAUCUCGAUAAGGAUGCUGCGAACCGUAUCUGGCAGAAGCAGCUGUCCGAGGAGCCCAAGCAGAAGAAGUCCGAGGACGACGACUGA